GAACCGGAAGUGCAGGGCGAGUGUGACUCUGUGUAUGAGUUGUGGUGGGCGGGACUUGAAACAGGCCGGGCGGCCACGCCCACUUUGCCCUCCCCUUUGUCGCGAGACUGAGGCUCGUCGCGAGGCUGAGGCGCCAGGCCUCGAACUCUCGCGAUAAAGAAGAAGAAGACCUUGGAGACGAAGUCCAGAUGGCAUGGAAAAGCGAAGAUUGUACUGUGUCACAAAUAGAUGGGGACAAGUCUUUCACCUUUGGCACAAUUUUUGCUUACGGUCAAGCAGCUUCAGGCAAAGCCCACACAAUGUUGGGCACACGAGAUUGUCCUGGUGUCUUACCUAUGGCGAUUCAUGAUGUCUACAACACGAUUUACAAAAUUCCAGGCAGAGAAUUCCUACUCCGUAUAUCGUAUAUGGAGAUUCGCAAUGAAACUGUUCAAGACCUACUGUGCAGUAACAUGAGCGAAAAGAGACCAUUAGCUGUUCAUGAAGACAUCAAUCUGUCUCUUAAGAUGGAAGAGUUGCAAGACGAAGAGAGAGAGAUGGAGGAGUUGCUCUGUGAAUCCCAGUGGAAACAGAAUGACCAACUGCAAGAAGAGUUAAAGGUAGAAAAGAUGGAGAAACUGGAAAUGGCCCAAAGACUUUGUGACAGUGAAGAGGAGAGGGAAGCCUUAACCCAGGAAAGAGAUGACUUGAGGCAGAAGUGUGAAGUUCUCCAAACAGAGAGAGAAUCAUUCAGAGAUCUUGAGAAAGAAACAACCUUAAAGAUUAAAAAACUAGAGGAAGAGUGCCUUCGCCAGAAGCAAAGCCUUGAGUUGAAAGAAGAACAGAGUCAGGAAGAUGAAGGAAGGUUGGGUGAAAUGGAACAGUCGAAGGCCUCAACUGAGUCUAAAAUGGAAGCCAUAGAGAAGGAAAAAGCUGAGUUGGCUAAGAAGUUUCACACUACUGUGGAGGAUGUGAGGUCUAUUACCAUGGAAAAUGCCAAUCUGAAAAUCACAGUAGAAAGUCUUCAGUCUGAGAAGGUCAGCAUGAUUCAAUCUGUCCAUCGACUGAGCAAGACUAUAGAAAGGACAGUUGCACAAAAUUUGGAACUGCAGGAGCAACUCCAACAUGCUCACUCUGCCAUUGAAGCGCAUACCAAAAUGGUCGCAGAACUGAAAGGAGAAAUCAGAGAUAAGGAGCCUUGGUCUUCAGAACUUCAGAAGACGCUGAAGCAAGAGGCUGAAACAGAAAUGGAGAUCUUGCCGGCACAAAUACGACAUCAGGAAGAGAAGAUUAGUAAUAUGAAUAACAUGAUUGAUGAGAAGACAAAUUUGCUUCAGAAAUUGGAAGCAAAUGAACAAGUAAGAGAGAAACUGAAAGAAGAAUUAAGCUUGCAUAUAAGUGAAAAGGAAAGAUUGGCGGCUGAACUUAGAAACCAAGCGGAUAAAGUGCAGCAACUAACAAGGGAGACUUCUUUGCUUCCGGAAGAAAGAAAGAAGCUUCAGGAGGAUUUGCAGAGCCUUAAAGCAGAAAAUGGCCAGCUUCAGGAAAAAUUGCUCCAAAAUACUGCAAAGGCCCAGCUAAAUAAAGGUGCUGAAUUGUAUAAGGAGGAAAUCGAGGACCUCAAAACUCAACUUGCCAAAGCUGAUAUGGGAGACUCUGGAGGACCUCUGGUUUGUGGGACUGGAGUACAUGGUAUCGUCUCCUUCAACGGGAAGAGAUGUGGAUCUGGGAAGUACCCCGAUGUCUACACUCAGAUCUCCAAAUACAUCCCUUGAGUCCGUCACAUCUUGGAGGCAUUUUAAUCAGAGGUCUCAGAAAGAGCUAUACUGUAUUGGAAUCCCACAGUUCCUUUGAAAAGGAAUUAUUUGGGAUCGUUCACAAUAAAGAUGUAAAAUGGAGCAGGAACAGUUGGUAAAACGUUUUGCUGAAUAACAC